AUGAUUUUCCAAAGAACGGUAAAAAAGGUUCUUAUAAUGGCAGCAUAUGCGCUGGUCUGCACACAGCAAGCCAGAUGCAGAGUAGCAGAGAAGAAUAUAAGCACCAUAAAAACAUACUGGUUUGUUCGAAUAGACUCUAUGGAAAAGGAAAUUGUACUACGCACUGAUUUUCUUAAACGCAUUGAAGCUGUUGGGGCUAGGGCUCUGCUCUCUGCUGCUAAUGGUGAUGCAUACACUAGUCUGAGCUUCGAUGAAAAGAUAAGGACAGGAAAUAAAUAUUUAUCUGAGAUAGUGGCAAAAAAGAGAGAUCUUGAAAAAAGUGUGAGUGCAAUAGCAGGGGCAGCAGGCACACUGAUGGACUUGUACAGAUAUAAAAACAACCGGUUCUUUCUUGAUUAUAGAAACAAACACAAAAACAUGAUUAAAAAAGAAAAGAAUACACUAGAAAGACUUCUUCUACCAGCUCUUGAGAACAGCACUCAGGUGAUUGAGAAAAUAAACGAGUAUGAUCUGCACAUGCUAGAGAUGGUUGAGCAAUACGGUUUAGUGGAAAACACUAACAUAGAUGGGCUGGUGCUCUUUAAACUAGCAAAGAAAAACAAGAUAGUGGCUGCCAAGAUAAUUUUCUAUCUUUUCGAGAUGGAGCCAUGCGAAAUAGAAAAUAAUACAGUGGGUGUAGCAGAGCGCAUGCACAAAGAUAUAAUGGCCCACAUUCAACACGAGAAUGUAAAGCUUUUUAUCUCCGCUAUAAGAGACGAUAUAAAAGACCGUGUACUAAAAAGUAGGACAGAAGUGCUGAUAUCAGCUGGCGUACACGUUCAUUUGCUAUUUGAUAGAUGCAGCUCUACACACAAGUCUAACCCAUCUGUUCUAGAUGCAGAAACAAUGAAUGUCUACUUAUCUCUGCUAAAGGACGAUCUGACUGAGUCUGAUAUAAGCUUGCAUGCAGAUAUUACACCUAGACAGGUUAUGGGUGUGCUAGCAAUAGAAUUCCUACUGAACGGGCAUCUUCUUGACCAUAAAAGAAAUUCUCUAUUUUCUGCAUUAGGAAAAGUCAUAAGUAGUAUAGGAAAUCCAGCAGACAGUAGCACCAAUGUCUGCGAAAAUAUCAGAAAGGGAAGAGCACAGCAGAAUAAAAUACUUGAUGCACUGGGCACCCUAUGGAAUGAAUGCAACCUGUUUACAUCAAUUAAACAUGAAAACAUCGCCUCUUUCCAAAAAGAGAAAAGCAUUUCAUUUUCUAAUUCUGAGUGGAUGGCCAACAGUCUCAUAUCGUCUGAAUGGAUGUACGACUUGGACACACACAGCCCAUCUUUUGAAGACAAAUUUAACAUGGGAAUACACUUUGAUAUGUCCUACACGCAUCCCUUGUGGUAUAUAUGCCAGCGCUGCGAAAAUGCCAGCCAUUUAACCAGCAACAACAUGCGAUCCAACCUAAAUCUGUUUGAGGAAACAGAGAACACAAUAGUUGUCCUGAGGCCGCACAGAAUAAAUAAAACUGAUGAUGAUUCAGUGCGCGCAGAAAACAUGAAGAGCUGCAUUAAAGCAUGGUUUGCACCCGUAGUUGAAAUCAUCAGCAGAGAAGAAGAUGGCAGAGAAUACAACAGCAUAGCCAAUGAUUUUUCUAGAUAUCUGGGAGCCUGUCAGCAAAAGAUAGUUACAAUAAAAAUCACAUCUGAGACAAUAGAGGCAUCUGAGUGCAGAGAUAAUGUCAGCCGACUAUAA